GCCGCUCGCCGCCGAGUAGUGACUCCGGUUGGUCAGAGUCUGACAUAUUCAUGGGUAGCCCUUCUCCAGAUCGGCGUUUGAUGACUCCAGGGAGCCCCCUUCCGGGACCACCCCCGGUGCCCCACAACCCUACCCCAGAUUUCAGUCCUCAAUCACAGGCAAUUUUCGGAGGACCACUACCUCCCUUGACACCUAGCCCUUUCUACCCAGACCCUCGUCAUCAUGUACCAUCCCCUGACAGUCCCACCACGCAGCGCGUCACUCGUAUGCAGGCUCGUCGUGCUGGCAAUGUUUCCAACAUUCCUGUCGGCGCCCGUCCGCUGCCUCAAUCUUCGUCGUCGUCAUAUCCAUAUCCAUCAGAUGGUAUUCCCCCAAUAACUCCGCCCAGACCGAUCACUACCUUGUCACAUGCAUCUUUCAGAAUUCCGGACUUUGUGCAAAUCCUCGAACAUGCACAACAGUCCUUCCCAGUCGUUACUGGUCGUGUAAUCCGCCGGGUUAUCAUGAUAGUUGAAAUCAAACCGGAGCCACAGGCCGGUAUGAUAUUCGAAUGGGAAUCUAUCUGGGAGGAUCAAGUACAAGAGCAGGUUCUUCAUGCAUUCGAGGCUGAUCGUACUCUAAAAUAUUUGGGAGUCAUCAUAGCCGCUGGUCGUCAUUGGGUCUAUGGUACCGUGAACCGUGGCGAUCUACUUCCUCGGACAAUGUCAGAGAGGCGUGAUCCAACUUGGGCUGAAGUCCAGCGUCUUGUUCCCUCGUUAGAUAUCCCCGACUUUCUCCCCAAAGCAAAGGAUGGCCGUCCUAACACCUUGUAUGAAUUCGAGCUCCUGGACGCUAGGGGAGAGUCCCUCAGAGCCUUUGAAGGGAUUUUAGAUGACCUGCGCAAUCAUAAUAGUGAUAUUUGGAUUUAGGACAUCUUGAUAACGCGGCCAGGAGGGAUGUGGUAUUAUCGCGAAGUGGGAUGGACGUGGAAAUAUAAGCAUGCGGUGUACAACGAUGUUAGGUAGAAUAUUGCAAAUAUAGAUCUUGUGGUCAUGUAGUCGCCGCAUGCAGCAGGAUUCGAUGAAGGAAUGGUUGUUAUAUCUCAACCAUUUUGAAAGUACGCCAUCCGAAAU